UGAACCCUGAUUAACAAACGUCAGGGCAGAAAUCAUUCCUCAAAACAUUUGAUCAUUCUUCCGAAAGUAGCCAUUUGAACACGGCAAACAUAUCUACAUUUUGAUCUUUUAGAAAUUUCUAAACAAAAUGUCUUUCGGAAUUGAUGAAAUUGAGAUGGGUAACAGAUACAUCGAUCAGUUUCUCAGGCAAUGGGUUGAAGACAUGGAAGGCAACGAUACCUAUUAUUUAUUGGAUAUGCUCUGUUUUCAAAGCGAAAAAUUAUUUGAUAUGGACGUCCGAAUGCAGAACACGAACAUUAGAGGUUUGGAUACUCUUCAGCGCACGGGCAAUUGCUCUUUAAUUGAGCAAAAUGGAAGAAUGAACGUUAUAGCUGAUUUGGGGACAGGUUACAUGAGGACAAAGAAAGAAAAACUAUAGAAAGAGGAAACUUAUUUAUGGAUAAAGUCAUCGAAACUAUUGCGGAUUAUGAAUUUUGUAAUGACAGUUAUCUGUUGGAUAAUAUUGAAUUUAGUUUUGAGAGGAAUACUCCAUACGGAAAUAUAAGUCUGGAUACUAGACUUUCUGAUGGACAUCUUAAGGGCUUGCAAACAUUGGAUCGUCUUGGACCUUGUAGUUUCUUUGAAGCUGAUGGAAGAAUGCACAUUAAUGCAGCAUUAACAACAGGUCUUCUGAAUGUGAAAUAUCAAGGUUGCUUUCAAUUCUUAUCAUUACUUCGUCCACAUUUUUCUUUAGAUGUCAAUAUUAUAAAUGUCACCGUUUGCUUGUAUAUUAGUGUAAACUCUUCAACUGGUCAGGAUGGCAUUCUCCAUAAGUUUUUUGUUGAAAAUAUACAAGACAUAAGUGUUAACUUCUCUGGUCUCAGACCUUUUAAUAAGCCGAUUAAUUUUCUCAAUAGAGGACUAAUAAGAAUUUUUCGAAAUCAUAUUGAAAAAAAGCUACAGACACUUCUUGAAGACCAUAUAAAGUCAAAAAUUGCUAACUUUACCUUUCCUAAUAAAAAAAUCGUUUAUUAUAAAUAUAAAUUAAAAAUUCCUCCCCAUUCACAAUCUCCUUAUAAAUUUAGUCCAUUACAAACUAUCGAAGAGUUUGAAUAAUUAUUAGCACUUAAUCAUUUUUACAGAAGAGAAACAAGUAAUCUGAAUUUACCAGAAUACUGUGCUUGGAUUGA